AUGAAGGAAAAAUCCAAGAACGCGGCAAAGACUAGACGGGAAAAAGAAAAUGGAGAAUUCUACGAACUGGCCAAACUCCUGCCUCUGCCCUCGGCCAUCACCUCCCAGCUGGACAAGGCGUCCAUCAUUCGCCUCACCACUAGCUACCUGAAAAUGCGAGCCGUCUUCCCCGAAGGUCUGGGCGACGCCUGGGGACAGCCGAGCAGGAUAGGUCCCUUGGAUAACGUGGCCAAGGAGCUCGGAUCCCAUUUGCUUCAGACGUUGGAUGGCUUUGUUUUUGUGGUAGCAUCAGAUGGCAAAAUAAUGUACAUCUCAGAAACAGCAUCAGUACAUCUUGGCUUAUCUCAGGUGGAGCUUACUGGUAAUAGCAUUUAUGAGUACAUACAUCCUUCUGAUCACGAUGAGAUGACAGCUGUUCUUACUGCUCACCAGCCUCUUCAUCCUCACCUCUUACAAGAAUAUGAAAUUGAGAGAUCAUUUUUCCUGAGAAUGAAAUGUGUCUUAGCCAAGAGGAAUGCAGGAUUGACGUGCAGUGGCUACAAGGUGAUCCAUUGCAGCGGCUAUUUGAAGAUACGGCAGUAUAUGCUAGAUAUGUCUCUGUAUGAUUCCUGUUACCAAAUUGUUGGACUGGUGGCUGUAGGUCAAUCUUUACCUCCCAGUGCAAUCACUGAGAUCAAACUUCACAGUAACAUGUUCAUGUUCAGAGCAAGUUUGGACUUAAAAUUAAUAUUCCUAGAUUCCAGGGUGACUGAAUUAACUGGAUAUGAGCCCCAAGAUCUUAUAGAAAAAACCCUCUACCACCAUGUUCAUGGCUGUGAUGUGUUCCAUUUACGAUAUGCUCAUCACUUGUUGUUGGUGAAAGGCCAAGUCACAACCAAGUACUAUCGACUACUGUCCAAGCACGGAGGCUGGGUCUGGGUACAGAGCUACGCUACUAUUGUGCAUAACAGCCGUUCAUCACGGCCUCACUGCAUAGUGAGUGUCAAUUAUGUCCUUACAGAUAUUGAGUAUAAGGAACUUCAGCUGUCACUGGACCAGGUUACCAUUUCUAAGUCACAGUUUUCAUGCAGAAACUCAGUCUCUACCUCGCAGGAAACAAGGAAAAUAGUAAAACCCAAAAGUAAUAAAAUGAAGGCAAAACUCAGAACAACGCCUUACCCACAACAGCAAUACAGCUCAUUCCAAACAGACAAACUGGAAUGCAGCCAGGUGGGAAACUGGCGAUCCAGCCCUGCAGUGAAUGCUGCCACCAUUCAAGAACAAAACUUCCAUUCAGAAAACAGCGAACUUUUAUAUGCCCCGUCAUAUAGCUUGCCUUUCUCUUACCAUUAUGGACACUUCCCAGUAGAUUCUCAUGUCUUCAGUAGCAAAAAGCAAAUGCUGCCUUCAAAGUUUGGGCAGCCUCAAGGAGCACCUUGUGAAGUGGCUCGAUUUUUCUUGAGUACGCUGCAGACAAAUGGAGAAUGCCAGUGGCAUUAUGCCAACUCCUUGGUACCCAACAGCCAGUCACCGUCCAAAAAUCUUCCUGAUCAGCCAGUGAACAUCAUCCGACAUAAUCUUGCGCAGAGUUAUGAAGUGCCCAUACCAAACAGAAGAUACAGCCAAGAUGUUCUGCCUGACAACUUUACAAGCUGCACAGCGUCCAUGUCAGGCAGCAGAUACAAAGAAGAGAUUUAUGAUUCCGGCAUCAUGAAAUCCAACAAAAUAGAAAACAGGAUUCAGCCACCUCACCACCUCAUUAAAGAAGAAAACAAAUUAGCUUUUAACAGAGAACUACAAGAAAAAAUGAGCAUUAAUGAAAGUUCUUUUUCAAACUCAAUAGCCAACUCCUUGCUGCCAAAAUCAGAAUGUUUCCAGUCCAAAGCUAUAGGACAACUAAGUCAUCUCUUGCCAAUGCCCUCAGUAUAUGAGCAAACAAGAAGGAUUUGUAUGAAGGAACCCAAAUAUGGGCAUAUCAGUCAACAUGCUUCAAAUCUAGAUGAACUGGAUAGUGAUGAGAGAAUGACUGUGAAGCUCAAUCAUGACUCUGAAAGCGAACGUGUGAUGGAAGCGAGACCUUCUGGACAAGUUCCAUUUGUGCUUCUCAAUUAUCACCAUGUUUUAGCCAAACACGGUACAUUUCAAACUUCAUCAUGUACAGCGACAGGACAUGUAGGAGAAAAUUACGGAUACAACUCUGAGGAAGUAAAUACAUUUAUUUACAAAAACCAAAGCCCCUCAUCAGCUUCUUCUCCAGAAACCCACAAGGAAUCUGCACUACCCCAUUAUAUUGGAACUUCUGUAAUAAUAGCCAAUGGAAGGUGACGGUAAUAGAGGAGUAUUUACACUUAAUUAAGAAGCCAAAGUGUAAUGAUUUGCAAAAAGCAUGAGGAAACAUGGUUUCAUUUACUGAGCAUAGCUGAGGGUCAAUGAGGGACAGACUCGUGUGUUACCGGCAAGCCACGUGUAACAAAAGUACCUUCAAGGUCAGGAAAAACCCCUACAUCUAGCUUCCAUGCUUCGUUGUCACAGAUUAAGCUCUGGUGCCAGUGAGAAGACAUGUUACAGAUCUUAUUUUUGUUAUUUUAUAGUGUGCAACGAAAUUAAAUGAUAGGUGUUAUAUGCAGAGAUUUAUAUGAAGAACAUUUUUUUCCUUAACCCCUCCUUCUGGAAAUACAUUAAAAAUUUUUUUAUCAUUAACUAUACACUCUAGUUUAGGUAUUUUUGACAAACUGUGUGAAACCUUGCAUCAACUCUUCAUCCAGGUGUUAAACACCUUGAAAAAUGAACUUUGUUUAAAGAGUGGUGAUUUUUAGUAUCCAUAAUACAGCUGUACUAACUAAACAGAACUCUGUUUGGAAAAAGCUUAUUUAUUAAUUAUCCAGAAUUUUUUUAACUAAAUAAAUCAAAUCCAGAUUUGAUUUAGUUAACAUAGAUUUCAGUGUUCUGAGAUUGUUACCACCACCACUUAACUCAACAUGGAACGAUAUGACAAAUUAGUACAUACAAAGACGUGUAUUAAAGGGUUACAGGUCUUGUCAUGGCAAACUGGGACAAAUCAUACAGUGGGAACUACAGAUUACUCCUUAUGAAAUGUUGUAAUGAGAAAAAGAAACCUCUAAAAAGUGCAUUUCACUGAGUAUUCUGGGAGAAGGCUGUGCAGAUUUUCAAACCAGCUAGUCAAAAAUACGUCUUAAUAGCACCAGAAAUGCUUUCUUUAUAGUCAAGGGAAUAAUGAACAUUUAUGCUUUAUUUUAAACUUACCAGUAGCCUUCUGAAGUUUGAAAGGUUCAGCUUUUAACACACUGAACUCCCUUAAGCAUAAAUCUCAUUGUCAACACAAAGGUAAGAUUAAUAUUUGACUGAUUCGUGCACUUCACAAAUAACGUCAGUGGACAAUCUGAAUACAGAAAGUUGAAAAUUGCUGCACAACCACAAAAAACCAAAAUUGCACUUGAAGUGAAUGCUUUGCACACAUCUCAAUUUGUAAUAAACUGUAGCAAGCAAAAAGUAUACAGCACACACCUACAUUUUGUCCAGCCUAUUAGGGAGAGAUUUCCCCCCUUUUUUUUACUUCUUUGGGAAGUUUACAAACAAGGAGACGUAGGGAUUUGUGUUUCAUUGACAGUAGUCAGUCCACUUUGUUUUUCAACCACUUUCCCAAAUUGCCUUUGUGUGCUCUUGCUAAAACAAUAAAUGGAUCCCUAAAUAAUCACUGUAAAUAUCAACGAUAAAGGUUGGACAUCAGAGCCAGCUAUACUUAGCUAUAUUCCUCAGCCCAAUUCAAGGCUAGUUUACAUUUUCAAACCUUUCCUUCUCUUAUCAGACUCUCUCUAAGGAGACCUUCGCUAAAGAAAAUGCUUACCUGGCUUGUGCAAUAUGGAAAAACGCUCAUGGAUUGCACCUUCUCGGAUUAAAAUGUAAUGAAAUACAGAUUUUUUAAAUUACAUGUUCUCAAUCUUUUAUAUGCAGCAAUAAUAUUCAGUCACCUCCUUGUACCACAGAAUCACAGAAUGUUAGGGAUUGGAAGGGACCUUGACAGAUCAUUUAGUCCAAUCCCCCUGCUGGAGCAGAAACACCUAGAUGAGAUUACACAGGAAUGUGUCCAGGUGGGUUUUGAAUGUCUUCAGAGAAGGAGCCUCCACAGCCUCCCUGGGCAGCCUGUUCCAGUUUUCUGAGUACACAAAAUACUUUAAAAACAUAUAUUUGAAAACAAUCUUCAGUAUUUUUAGUGGUUCCUAUUAAAAGGUUAACAGAGGAGGCUUUAUGAUGAAGAUAAAUUGAUGUUCACUUGGAAGUUGACAGUUGUCUCACUUCAUUUGCUAAAAAAGUAUGAAAAGUAUCUUCUAUGAUAAAUAUAGCAAAAAAUACCUAAUCAGCCAUUACCAGAAUACUGACUUUAAAAAAAAAAGUGCAGAACCAAACCAGCAUAUUCAGUCCCUCAGUAUAGCUGCACUCCUUGGUUCCUCUAAAGCCAGAGAAGUGAGCAAGUCUACAGAAACAUUAUGAGUGAAGAUUGCUGAUGUUCUGACUUUAUAAAUUGAAGUGAUGAGACAUAAGGUGGUUUUACAGCGGCUUUAGUUACCAGCCCUCCCAGCCAGCAUACUAUUAAAUGGGUCCUUGAAAGGUACAAUCAUGGAACAAUUAUGCUAAGGCUUGUAUGUUAAUUUUGCUAAAUUAAAACCAUGCCCUAUAAAGGAGUAACUGACAUUGUUUGCAUCAUUAAAAAGAAACCUGAUGCACAACUCUCAUACUACACAUUUCUCUGUACCUCAUUAGUGGCACUGCGGCACACAAAGUCAAUCUGGUGCAUUUUUCUGUUCUUGUAAGUACUUCUCACUAUAAAAACAUGUUUUCAGGAACGUACAAAUUAGGCUUUGGUUAAAAAAAAGCCAUUGAUAUUUUUCAGUAAAAUACCACAAAAUAUUUUUCCAGUGUCUACCUUGUUAUUCACACUUCCAGGCCUUAUUCAAUGAGCCUGAGCAGAGGAGGUGUUCCAUCAUUCUCGCGCAGAUGUUUUUGCAGUAUAUGAUAUUCAGGUACACGAACUUCCUCUGUUAGGCAAUAAUGACUCAAUUAUGCAUUCACAUAUGAUAAUACAGGCUAAGUUUAGGAAAAAGCUGUGAUUAAAAAAGCAAAUGUGUGAAACAUGUUUCCCGCCAUUCCAAAGCAGAAACAGCAAUUGCACAUUCACAUCUGGAAUGUGAGCAAAUUAUAUUGAGAGAAAAAUAUGACUUUCAGUCAGUUAAACUACAGAUGUUCAUAGCACACUUGUACUGCAGCUUGUGGCACAGCCAUUGACAGUGGCAGUGUUUUUAAUAAUUGGAAUAAAAAAGGUCACAGAAAGGGAGUGUGAAUUGGAAUACAUUAUGAAAAAAAAACUCAUUUCUCUCUACUGUACAUGUUUGAACGACUACAGAUACCUUUGUCAUGCGACUUGAUAGGAUUUUAACUCUUAGGGGAGUUCAGACCUGACAAGGAAAUUACAUGGAGAAUGUGAGAGAGAAGGAGAGCAAGAGGGGGAAUAUUUUACCAAAAUGUGAAGUUGGAAACAUUAAUCUCAUACUGAGGUCUCAAAUUUUUUAUCCCAUCAAUAACAGAAACACUACAAUGUAAAUAAGGUGAUAAGGGAACAGACUUCUCUUCAGGUCGCAGUAGCCCUGUCAUUUGAAAAAGGGUAUCGAAGUAAUUGAAUGAAAUUAAGCACAGCGGACAAUAGGGGUAAAACUGGAGAAUACAUCACUGAGAUGAAGUGCAAAUGAAUGGGAAACCUGCCAGAAUACCAGUAUUUCUCUAAAAAUCACAAGACAGGACACCAAGUAUUUUUUCAGCAUUUCAGUCAUACUUCAAAAACAACACAGAGAAAACUUUAUUAUUCCAUUUUUUUCCUGAACAUUAGAUUUUGCUUUUUUUAUAUGAUGCAGAUAAAAGCUAUUUGGCAAACGUAGGUGAAAAAGCACGCAAACCAAACAACCUAUUAAUGCUCAGAAUUAUAUAUGUAUUCCCUAAAAAUGUAAAGCAUUUUUGCUUAUUUAUUAUGUAAAACAAAACUGUUAAAAUGUUAAUAAAAUCCUGUAGCCAAAGGAAAA